AAAUGUCUGGCACCGCUGUGUCUAUGACUCCUCCCUUAACGCCUCCCGUCGAAGGCACAGGGGAGGAGGCGAUGGAUUCCGAUAGCUUGGACUACAUGGACUUCUUCAUCAAUGACAUGGAAUUGUCACCAGUGAAGGAAGAAAAAGCUGCUGUGAGCGUGUUGAAUGAAGGCCCGUUAUUGUUUUCAUGUUCGGGGGAAGUCCGCUGGUCUGACAGCUUUGAUGAUACAUCUUGCAUAGGUCGCAGAUGCCUUGCCAACCUCUUGCAGUUCAAGAAUCCUUGUUCUAGUGGACUUUUAGCACCAGAGAUUGUAUUUCAUCUUCCCUGCACAGCUGACAAUUUACACUACAGAUUGGACCAUUUUUUCCUAGCAGUACGACAAGGUGUUACAGAGCUGGAGAGGGGUGCUCAAUCUAGCCUGUGCGUAAGCCAAAGCUGUUAUGAUAUACAGUACCCAAAGAUACGCAAAGAUAUAGCUACAUUGUUCAACAGCUUAGUGUCUUAUGUGUAUAGUCAGACUGGGGAUGAACAUAGAGAAUUUCUGCUGCAAGUUGUCACAGAGGUGUUGGAAACUCUCCUAUUUUUGGGUCCAUUACAUGAAUUGCCAGAGCAUGUAACUUCUGCCAGCUCUCCACAAGGCAAUAAGUGUCCCUCUGCAGCCUACCACUUACUCCACCUCCACCUGGAUAUUCGAUGGUGGAGUGUAGCUCUUCUGCACCUGACUGAAGCCACCCUUGGGUCCCUUUCGGCAGCGACGGCACAACCCCAAGCGCCACAGAUGCUAAUCGUGGAACCAUCAGGACCCCAAGGAAUGAGUAGUAGUGUUGGGGAUAAUAUUGAGCCAUCGAUACUGGAGCAGUGCAUUGCGAUGGUCGUCUGGGAUCUUAUAACUAUUAUGUGUCGUGAGGGAUUAAAGAAAAGUGUGAGUGAACUGCAUAUGGUGGCGGGCUUUUCAUGCUCCUGUUCACUGGAACUUGGCGUCAUGAUUCUCCACUAUCUUGACCAUAGACAUCGUUCUCUAGGAAGACAGAGUUUUUGGGAACAGAUAAAACACAAACUCUUAGUCCUCCUGAAAAUAUACAAUGAAAACUCAGUUCAGCGAAAUUCACCUGGCACGUCACUGAAGGCACAGGAACCAACAGAACAGUCCUUCGGUGUGCUUCAGUAUCCAUCUCCUCUUACCAAAGAAGUUAAGCUUCCUCAUAUAUGGUGGAUGUUCUGGAACUUCUCCAGGCUUUACAGAUAUGAUGUGAAUGGGAAGAAAUUAGCUGAUAAGUCUAGUGAAAUCAAGAGUGAAACUAAACUACUACGGACAUUGAUAAAAUUAUCCAUGGAAGGCCAACAGCCAACUGAAAUUGAACUGCGUUUCUUCACUCGGUGCUGCCUCAGUCUUGGCCAGCUCUGGGGAGGGGAGAGGAGCAGUGAAUGGGGUGCAGCACUGUGGGACUACUUUUCCAAACACCUUGAUUCGUCUUUCCUCUUGCCUGGGGCUGGGCUGGAUGGACUAGCCUGUGUGAGUAAAACAGCAAGUGGAUGGAUAGAACAGACCAAGUCAUAUGCCACAGACCCAGCAUAUAUGGGGAAGUCCGAGUCAUCAUGGCAGGUCUUUCUUCGUAUCAUUGUGUCAGUGGUAAAGACCAGCACCUCUGAAUGGAGACAAAUGAGAGGAAGAAUCUAUUCCAAAUUUCAUGGGCGCAAGAUGUCCGAGCUCUCCCCCAUUGGCCUCCACAACUCUACAUCUCUCUUCCUGACCCUGGCCAACACAACGGAUAUGGUCGAUGUGAGUAACAAGCUAAGCGAACUUCUAUCAAUGGUCCCAGCAUCAAGUCUUGGCAAGUCAAAAAUUGUUUGGCGUGGAUUUCUGGCUACCAUCUUACUGCUACUUGGUGCUGGCUGUGAUAUCUCACCAGUUAUAGGGAAACUAAAGCCAAUCAUUGCAAAUGUGUUGCAUGAACUUGGCACUACUAGGGAUGCAAUGCAACGAAGGGAUUUAGGCCAGCUGGUUGUCAUAUAUGCAGAUGGUCUCCAAGAAGUGUUUGAGCAGAGUCAUGAUCUAAGUCUGGCUCAGCAUUCUCUCAUUAGUGUGGGACUGGGUUCAAUCCUCCAUCACUGUGGGGCUGUGGAGAUGAAGGCUAUUCUCAAUGCCUUGGAUGCAGCUCUCACUAAAGUUCUGGCAGUGUUGUCAAAGCCUCAGUAUUUGGCUGGCGGACUAGGGACCGAUAUUGUUGAAGUUGUCUGGAAGGAAUUUGGAGUCUUCCUUAGAAAUCAUGCUACCACACUCACUCCACCAGCUGUUCUGGGCUCAGUGGCAGCCAAACUGACUCUCUGUAUGUCAUAUGAUAUUAGCUCUGCAACUCCAGGGCUUAAAGAGGCUGCUUCUGGACUCUUUUCAUACUUUGUCACAAAUGAAGCUGUAAGCACAACCUGUAGUCUGCAGUAUAUCACAAGUCUCCUCGCAGAGCCAGGCAGCCUCACCCAAGUAAACAGAGUCAAUGCAGGCUAUGAAGGCCUUCUAGUAUCAGGGUGGUUGGCAACCCUGGUGACGAUGGGUGACAGUGAUGAAGUACUAUCACUCACUCCACUCAUCAUGACCUUGCCGGGUGUGGCAUCCGUCAUCAGCUGUUCUCCUCCUGCUUGUCCUUUUGCUGCUGCUAAACUUCUGGUGAAAGGAGUCAGCAAGAAGUUCAGUGAAUCACAGAAAUUCAUGGAUCGGAUGGCCAUCAGAGAAGGAGCUCUUCAGUAUUUUUCAGGUCUAGACAAACCAAUUAGCACUUUGCUCAAGAAAACUCCUCUGCCAAAUCACCUGCGAGAUGUGCUGGGAUUAAUUGCAGAUCUUUUCUUUUUUGGACAUUCUGUUAUUUAUAUCAAGUCGAGACCAACUUGUCCAUUACCUGUUCUUGUUAGUUCUGUUCUAUUGCCAACUACAAUCUACAGCUGUGAGAAACCGCUGAAUGCAUCAUUGUCUACAGCACUGGCCAGCACUAUACCCAAGAUGGUGUGUGGGCUGGGAUCACUAGGCUUAGCCCAAGAUCCCUACCUAGUGCGUUGUGUGAGGGAUGUAUUCAAUCAUUACAUGUAUAGGUUCCCUGUGAAAACCACCAAAAAUUAUACGACAGUAACACACCCUUUCAUUAUGUGCCUCCAUGAUGCUGAUGUAAAGGAGGAAGUCAUUCAAGAAUUACGUCAGAUCUUUCUGGAAGUCGUACGAGACACUUAUUUUGGGAAACGAGGCAUCAGCAAUCUUCACUUGCAGGUGGUCAUAUCAUUAGUGCUGGAAUUAAUGUCCAGGAGUGCGGUGGAGUGGCAGGAGAAUGUGUGCUCCUACCUCUUCUUGCCUCUCCUGGAGCUUCUCCUCAAUCUAGAAGACCAAACUACUAAGAGAAUUGCAACAGACCUCCUCCAGAAGCUGUUACAGGAAGCUCAGGAACAGGACGCUCCCUCACGUAAUGAACUAGUGAAGAGCAUCCGACAGCUGGUUUUCCAACAUGUUUCCUGGUCAUCUAGUAGGCUCUUCCGUGUGUUGGGUGUAUUGGGAGUCCUACACAGGCCACUCUUGGUGGAUUCACUGCCUCAUAUUGCAAGAGCAGUCACAGCCACAGAAGAAAAACGAGGAACUGGACUAGAUCACACACUUAGACAAGGCUAUCAGUCUUUACUCAGCAGCUUGGGAGUUAAUGAAGGAGAUGUACACAGUAGUUCAUAAUAUUGAAUGUUCUUAUGUUGCAAUAAUGAGAUAUUUUCUUGAUUUCUUGUCAGGGUACAAAUUUAAUUCUUUUGAAGAUCUAUUAAGGUUAGCAUAGAGAAAUCAAUGUAUAUUUUUUACAUGAAACAAAAUAUAACUAAUAAUUUUUUAUUUAAA